CGAAGAUGAAGGCAAUAAACAUGGCAUUCUUCUGUAUCAUCAGUGUGGUUGGUGUAUUUAUUUUGGGAUAUUUUGUAUCGUCUGAAGAAACAAUUCACCUCUACGUUCACCCAUUAAUCAAAAAAAUAACAGCUAAUGAAACACAGACCCCUGCAUCGGUUGGUGAAAUAUAUUCCUUUGAAAACAAAAGCUUGAUAAUUCUAUGGUAUAAUAUUCCAUUUUAUUUAAAGUCCUCAGCAAAACAUUUUAGAUCGAGCAAAUGUAGUAAUUUGGGAUCCAUCUGUAUAUUAUCAACAAAUAGUUCUGAUCUAGGUAAAAGUAGUGCUGUUGUAUUUACACAUUUUAAUUUGCCAAAAACUCCUCCUAUGAAGAUUGCAUCUCAAAUAUGGAUUUUCAACUCUAUGGAAAACAAGGCUUUUACGCAAAGGCCAAGUUCUGUCUGGGACAAUCAGUUUGAGUGGACGAUGUCUUAUCGUAGAGAUGCUGACAUUUCAAGACCAUACGGUAAAAUAAAAAGUUUGGAAAGAAGAAUAGUCAAAAAUUAUUCUGAGGUUUUUCGACAAAAAACAAAAUUCGGUGUAUGGAUGUCUGGUCACUGCCCUGUUCCAUCUAGACGUAAAGAAUACAUUGAAAAAUUGCAGAAGUACAUUGAUAUUGACACGUUUGGACCAUGUGGAAAAAAGAAGUGUGGGGUUCGAACUCCUGCUAUGAAUGAGUGUUUGAAGAAUUUCUCCAGGGAUUAUAAGUUUUAUUUCUCCCUAGAAAAUAAUAUUUGUACGGAUUACUCAACAGAAAAGGUAUUUAACUUAUAUGAAUACAAUAUGAGCAUCAUUCCGGUUGUAAACGGUCCUCCUCAAGCAAGUGACUAUUUACCAACGGGAACUUUCAUAAACGCGCUAGAUUAUUCUUCUCCAGAAACAUUAGCAAAAAAACUUAAAGAAAUUGGAUCAAAUGAAAAAAUAUAUAGUCAAUAUUUGAAAGAAAAAGAUAAAUAUACUUCUCUAAAUACAUUUCAAAUAUUUCAAGAAGCAAUGUGUACAGCUUGCAUAAAGCUAGAUAAACUCAAUGGAAAGAAAAUACCAGCAAAACGGAAAGUGAUUGACAUGUUUAAAAACAAUUGUUAA